UAUCUCAUUUAAAAAAUUGAAUUCGUUGAUGUAAAACGCCCUUGAUUUAAAGACACAGUGUGUUUACCAAGUAGAUUAAUGUAGCUACCCUGACUUGAUGUUAAACAACAUGGCGAUUAUCCCAUAGUUAUUACUAGAACAAGUAAGCGUGAACAUAUAGCGACAUGUCAUUUGAUUUGUUAUUUAAUGAAUAUUUGUGAAUUGUUGAAUUUUCUUAUCAGAAGAAAUAUUUACAACUUUCGUUUUUGCAUACUAGCCCAAAUGACGGACCACGUGGCAUGAACACACAGGUUGCUUGUACGUUCAGCAACGAAAUGAAUCUUUACUUUACGUUACUUUAUGAUUAAGCGGUGAACGCGAUGGGAUUCUAAAACAUGUCGCAUAGAUCAUGCUGUUAACGAUUUGCAUGUUUAUGAUGACUUUGAAUGUCGCCAUUGGAAAAUAUAAAGACCACGAAGUACGAGAACCUCUUCUUCUAACUAAUGUAUCAGAAUACCAAACGGUUAUAGAGUGUAUAUAUCCGGGAGAUAUUUCACUUGCCUUCUUAAGCUUUAAGACUAACGAUAAAAACAUUCUCGUGGACUGUAUGUUUGCUGCACCAACUUGUGUCAUACUCAACGACACAUAUAAAGACAACUUCAGGACACUAUUCACAGGACGUGGUGGCAUUCUUAUUAUUAAGGAGCUUAAUGAGUACACAUAUGGAAACUACAGUUGCUAUGAGAUGUAUAAUAGCAGCAACGGUGCUGUCUCAACAAUCGAAGAGUCGAGCUUAGAUGUAAAAUAUUGCAAGGAUUGCAUUCUAUAUAAAAAUGCCCUUAUAGUAUGUUGCGUGAUCAUCACGGCAAUGUUUCUGGGAGGAGUGAUGCUGUGUAUUAUUCCAAAGCUGAAAAGAACGCUUAUGUGGAAGAGUACUUCCCAGAAGGAAACAGAUAUUCCACUGGAUGAAUCUCCCAGUUGCCAAGAGGUGCUCAUAGACUCGGCGGUUGGCAUGAAUGGAAACGGCCGUCAUAAAGAAAGGGGUAAUCGUCGAUACUUCCACCAUACUAGUACUAGAAGGAGGGGACGUCGCUCUCCACAAAAUUCAGUACACAAAUAGACGGCUGUCUGAACAUUUUACAUGCAGAUGUAAAAAAAUUAAGCUGAGAAUUAUAUUGCUAAUACAAGACACUCAUUACAUCUUAAUGGCAUCAUAUGCUGAAAGCAAUAGAUCUAUUGUUUUACGUGGAUGAAACAUGUUUACACCAAAUUUGUUUAAAUUCUAUUGAUGCAUGCUGCCUUUAUCAUUUAUUAUCUUUUACACAUGGACGAAAUUGUGUUGUAUUCUUAUAACUUUACAUCUUCCAACUAUUUUUUUAAUAGAUGUACGAUUCUAACGACAAUCGUACAUGUAAACAUGUAAUAUUUCCUUCGCGCGCCACACAUUUGAUAAAAAUAGUUUAAGAAGCGCAUUUGGUUUGUAAUAAAUUCUGUGGAAAGUGAAAGGCAAUCCAAACAAGUUUAAACCCUAAAUGUAAAACAUUCCUGUUUUUACUCGAUGUUCUGUCAUCUAAAGUCGUGGAUAAAAACAACAUUUCUCCCCUGUUAUAAAUGUAUUUAUGGAAGAUUCGGUGUUUGAUAUAUGUUACGUUUUGAAUGGUUUGUUAAGAAUUCAUAAAUGCGAUGCAUACGGAAUGUUUUGGUAUCGCGAUGCAUCUAUGAAACAUGGCUGCUAAACAUGGCAGCUAUUUCGUAAACAACAAGCAACAAAUUACUUAUGUUCAUCCAUGUUUGUUUUAGCAAAAACCGUGUUUUUUUUUGUGCGAAGAGUUGAGAUUAUAUUUUACCAGAUAUACUAAAUGUACAAAACGAGGCGAUUCCAUAUUUCUUUUAUAUUUGCAAUAGCCAACAUUUCAACUCUUGCACCUUAGAAGUGCUUCUUAAUUAUAGUUUUGGAUAAAAUGUAUCGACCUGUGUAGGAUAUGCAUAACUUAUUGCUAAAAAAUAUGUGUUGGAAAAAUUGCAUUUUUUUAUAAAAAUUGUAGUAAAUGUACUUUUUGCAUCCUUUCUUGUAAACUAUUC